CGACAACUUUGCUUUGCCAUCGGCAGCGAACCACAGAAUACGGUCGACGACGGGUCGAGGCUUAGCUUAUAAGAACUCGGAAGUUUCACGGUGGAACCAAAAGCAUCACGCCUAGCAGUUCAAACUUGUGGUUGAUUGACAUUUCCCAGUGGUCACUGAUCAUAUCAUGGCUGAGAAUGGUUUUGUACACCCAUCUGAGAACCAGUGGAGCCGGUGGGGAGUGCCUGUUUUAGUCCUCUUCAAAGAUGCAACCCUUGUUUUCAAAUUGGAUUCACUUGGCCUGGAGAUACUAAGGAUCGCAUUGCCUGCUGCCUUGGCAUUAGCUGCUGAUCCCAUUGCUUCUCUGAUCGACACUGCCUUCAUUGGCCGUAUAGGACCCGUGGAGCUAGCUGCUGUAGGAGUGUCCAUCGCUAUAUUCAAUCAAGCAUCAAGGAUUACCAUUUUCCCGCUCGUUAGCAUUACAACUUCUUUUGUAGCUGAAGAAGAUACUCUUGCUAAGAUUAUCCCUGAAGCUGAAAAAUGUGAGGAUUCUGAAAAGAAUGCCAAACACAAAGAGUUGAAAGAAUUGACCGCAGCAGAUGAUGUAGAGGCUGCCAACUUGGUAAAUGGAGCAGGUGCAGCUAGGAAUACUGAUACGAAAGAGCCGGAGAAUGGUUCCAACACAAGUACAAUCAAAUCGCCCUGUGUACUUGAUACCAAAGCUGAAAAUGUUGAAGUGAAAAAGGGGAAAAGGCAUAUCCCUUCAGUGUCAACUGCAUUGAUUCUUGGCUCGAUGCUCGGUCUCCUUCAAGCUAUAUGCCUUGUUUUGGGGGCCAAAUCUCUCCUGGGUGUUAUGGGUGUGAAACAUGAUUCCCCAAUGUUAAGCCCAGCGCUUAAGUACUUGACUUUGAGAUCACUAGGAGCUCCUGCAGUUCUUCUCUCUUUAGCCAUGCAAGGUGUUUUCCGAGGAUUUAAGGAUACAAAAACACCAUUAUAUGCAACAGUUGCAGGAGACCUGACAAAUAUAGUUUUGGACCCUAUAUUUAUCUUUGUCUUACGACUCGGUGUCAGCGGUGCGGCCAUAGCACAUAUCCUUUCGCAGUAUUUGAUCUCAGUCAUUCUCCUGUGGCGAUUGAUGAAACAAGUCAGCCUCUUACCCCCAAACAUGAAAGACCUGCAAUUCGGACGAUUUCUUAAGAAUGGUUUUCUUUUAUUAGCAAGAGUAAUAGCAGUCACAUUCUGUGUGACGUUGGCAGCAUCAAUGGCUGCUCGGCUUGGUUCAACGCCAAUGGCCGCAUUUCAAAUCUGCUUACAGGUCUGGAUGACAUCAUCUCUUCUUGCUGAUGGUUUAGCUGUCGCUGGACAGGCAAUUCUGGCAAGUGCAUUUGCAGAGAAGGACUACAACAAGGUGACAGCAGCGACGUCUCGUGUAAUGCAGAUGAGUUUUGUGCUUGGUGCGGGGCUUGCUGUCGUGGUUGGACUCGGUUUGUACUUCGGGUCGGGGAUCUUUUCCAAAGAUGCCGGUGUUCUUCAUCUUAUCGCUAUCGGAGUCCCGUUUGUGGCAGCAACACAGCCGAUCAACUCGAUCGCUUUCGUGUUGGACGGUGUCAACUUUGGAGCAUCGGACUUUGCAUUCACAGCAUACUCCAUGGUGUUUGUAGCUGGUGCAAGCAUAGCAGCGCUGUUCAUUCUCUCAAAAAGCAACGGUUUCAUAGGGAUAUGGGUUGCAUUAACCAUUUACAUGGCUCUCCGCAGCUUAGCCAGUCUUUGGAGGAUAGGGACUGGAACUGGUCCAUGGCGAUUCCUAAGAAGUAGAUCCAUCGCAUAGGAUGGGGAAAGUACUCCAUGGAAAACAGUCUUUGAAAAAGUUCAGUUCUAUGCAGCUAAUAUAUAUAUAUAUAUAUGUGCAUAGAGAUGGUUUGCAGGGUGGUUGUUUGUUUGUUUCCACCUGCUUUAUUGAUUUCAAUUUUGUGAGGGUA